CCCACUCCACCUCCAGGCGAGCGGCGACGCCUCGAGGUAAAAUUGAGUAGGUGCGGGAGGCAGCAGCAGCGCGGGCCUAGGGGUCCAGGAAAAGCCAAAACUCUGUCCUGUAGCGACCCGCGCGAAGGCAGCCGGGGAGCGGGGGAGCAUGGAGCCGAGCCCCGACUGUGAUGCAGCAGUCACUGCAGGACCUAAGGCGUCCUCCACGGAGACGUCCGCGGCCGCCAAGUCCUCGGAACCCGAGGACUACGACAGCAAGUGCGUGUUCUGCCGGAUCGCCCGGCAGCAGGAAACCAACACCGAGCUCCUGCACUGUGAGAAUGAAGACCUAGUUUGUUUCAAAGAUAUCAAGCCAGCGGCACCUCAUCAUUAUCUUGUGGUGCCAAAGAAGCAUGUUGGAAACUGUAAAGAGCUAACAAAAGAUCACAUAGAAUUGGUUGAGAGCAUGGUAACUGUUGGAAAAGCUAUUCUUGAAAAAAAUAAUUUCACUGACUUCACAGAUGCAAGGAUGGGAUUUCAUAUGCCACCAUUCUGUUCCAUUUCUCACUUGCACCUUCAUGUUCUGGCUCCAGUCCGUCAGUUUGGAUUCUUAUCAAAGUUGGUUUAUAGAGCUAAUUCCUAUUGGUUUAUCACUGCUGAUUCUUUGAUUGAAAAAUUAAGAACAUGAAAAUUUCAACAGUGGAGAUUUUCCGAAUCUCGGCUCAGUAUAAACUAAUAUUUUGGUUACUUGGAAGACUAAUUGCAGUUUUAAGGUUUGUUGGGUUUUAUGAAUGGCACUGAGUAACCUUAAAUCUUUCCUGAUUAUGUUUGAGAUCUGUGACAUAGUUAUAUGAAUACUUUGUCACUGACUUCUUUAAUGUUUACUUGUCUGAGGAUUUUAUGUGUAACAUACUGUAGGUAAAAACAAAUUCUGAAAGAUUCUAUAUUUUUAAAAAUUCAAAUAUUUCCAUUCCUUAGGAGUCAAUUGCAAAAGUGAUUUAUUUAUGAGGAGUAAGCUGAUAUAGAAAAUACUUUAUUGGAACCAGUUUAUUACUGUGAAGGAGAGAAGAAAUUUUUUAUUUCUUGACAAAAUUCCAAAAUAAAGAAUACUAUCCUACACAAUGAUCUCUGUGCUGACGGAAACAAUUACUUGGGUCACUUUUUACUGCUAUUUAAGAUGCUGGUUUUUAUUUCCUAAAGCCUAGUAUCUCUGAUAAAUCAAUCCUGAAACCUAUAUGAGAUAUAUAUAGUAGUCUUGCCAUAUCUGUGAGGGCUAUGUUCAAGACCACCAGUAGAAGCCUGAAAUCUUGGAAAGUUGUGAAUCAUAUGAUGCAUACAUACCUUUAGUAAAGUCUAAUUUAGACCUGUAAGAAAUUAACAAUAAUAGUUAAUCUUAAAAUGGAAGAAUCAUAACAAUACAUUGUAGCAACAAUAUAGUGCUUUGUGGUUUGGGGCUAUUAAGUAAAGUAAAGGUUACUUGAACAUAAGAACUGUGACACAUGACAGCUAAUCUGCUAAUUGAGAUGGCUGCUAAGUGAUUAAUGGACAGGUAGCAUAUACAGUAUGGUUACAUUGCCCAGAGCAAUACAGGCAGGAUAGAGUAAAAUGGCACAAGAUUUCAUCAUGCUGCUCAGAACAGCACACAAUUUUAAAGUUAAGAACUGUUUAUUUCUGGAAUUUCUCAUGUAGUAUUUCUGGAUCUUGGUUAACCUGGAAUAAAUGAAACUUUGGUUAAAUGUGGACUCCUGCAAUAAAAUUUCUAACAGGAAUUACAAUCAAUCUAACAGAAUUCAGUGUAGUAGAGUUCUGCCUGUAAUGACAUAAAGGAGAAGGAAAUAUAAAGUGGUUCUAUUAUUAAAACUGGAAGAAAUGGUUACUUAGUGGCAUAUUCAUUUCUAUACCAAAGAAAAAUUGGAAUUAAAAGUAGCUAGGUCUUAAUUCUAAUUUAUCAUGAAAAAGGCUUGAUUUGAAAGUAGAUAUAUAGGCUUAGAUGAGAGACUUUAUUUUAAUAAUACAAUGUUAAUGUUCAUAUUUCAUGAAGCUUGUUUGGUUAGGAGUUGUCAUUUGGUACUAAUCUACAGUCAACAAGUGAAUGUGAGAAUGCAGAGCAGGUGCUAAAAGCUAAUUCUGCGUUGUGCUAGUGAACAUAAAUGAACAAAAUUAUUAAUGGAAUUAUCACAAAUAGGUUGAGAUUAUUCAUUUCAUUUUCCUUUUUGAGUUGAUAUUAAAAGUCAUUUUAUGUAAUGAAAUAUUUAUUAUAAUGUUUGGUAAGAACAUUGGGAAUCAAUCUUAUUUAGUUGGUUUUUCUAUUUAUUCAUUCAAAAAAUACUUAUUGAGCAUUUAACAUGUACCAGAUACUGUCAGAAUCAAGAAAUAAUGAGGACAGUCUGCCUUCAAUUGCUGAUAAAGGGGUCAGACAAAAAUCAGUGAUUAGAAUUUAGUAGUUAAGAGCUGUAAUGUCCACAAAAGAGGAAAACAAGUAGCAGUAAAACUGAGCAUUCAAUACUGAGUGUUAGUCAUGUAGACAGGCUGAGAAACCCACAUGUGCUUUCCUUGAGUUCUGCUAUUUUGUAAUUGACAGGGAUGUGCAAAUUUGAGCUUAUUUACUGGAGGUAGACAGAGGAAUUUGGAAAUAGGAUUAUGGACUCUCAAAAUGAGAUUUACAGGUUUUUAAUAAUGCUUUGUGAGAUAGUUCACUGAGCAGCUACAUAGAUUAAGUUACAAAUUUCUAGAAAUCACUUAAAAUGACCAGCUUCAGGGAAGGAAUUUUCAACAUAUGCAACUUCUGUAUGUUUUCUAAAAUAAUAUAAUUGACAUUAUGAUAACAUGAAAGUAUUUAAGGAAUUUUCAAGUGUCUUAUGUACCUCUUAAAAACAUAAUUAGCCAAUUGAUUCAAUUUUUAUCUGCUUAUACCCUCACAUACAAGCUUUUCUUUGUUGGGAAGCCCCUGAGAACUCAUUUCUAGUUUAGGUUCUCUUUAUAUAUGGAGACUAACAGUCAAAUUACUACAAUUAAAAUUCACUUAGCCUGUUCAUUAAUCUAAGUAUUUGGUUACUCCCUCACUAUCUAUAACGUUGGUUCAAGUUUAUUCAGAACCUGUCUUAAACAUGUUUCACGGUGUAUUAAGGACAUUAUACACGUUGUUUUACUAGUUAUAGAAUUGUAAAAAUAUUAUAAUGAACUAUUUCAAAUUGUGUGUACUGAGCUCUAAGAGAUCUAAAUAAAGAUGGAAAAAUAC